AUGGAGCAGCCCGCCGCGCACCUGCACCUCUCCCCGGCGGAGCCCAUCAGCUUCGGCAUCGACCACAUCCUGCAGCACGGACCGGAACACAGCAGCUGCCUCGUCGUCGCGGGCCCCCGGUUCGGCGACUCGGACUGCGGCUGCGCGCUCGGCUACGGUCCGGCCGGGAACGCGCCGGCCGGGUCAGGCACAGGGUGCAGCUCCGUGGCCGUGGGCUCGUCCUACAGCGCGGACCCGGCAGCUCUGCACCCGGGUUUGAGCGUCGGCGGGAACGGCCUCGCUCCGCCUGCCGUCAUCCGCGUGCCAGCGCACCGCGCGCUCGCCGCGCUCCCGCAGACGGGCGCGAGCGCGGGCGCGGUGCCGGAGGGUGCGUGCGGCGUGAACGCGUUCGGCAGCCUCACGGGAUUAACGUUCCCGUGGAUGGAAAGUAACAGAAGAUACACGAAGGACAGGUUUACAGCAGCCCUCUCACCCCUCCCUGUAACGCGCCGCGUAGGUCACCCGUACCAGAACCGCACUCCGCCCAAGAAGAAGAAGCCGCGGACGUCGUUCACGCGCCUGCAGGUGUGCGAGCUCGAGAAGCGCUUCCACCGGCAGAAGUACCUGUCUUCGGCGGAGCGCGCGGCCCUGGCCAAGGCGCUGAGGAUGACGGACGGCCAGGUGAAGACCUGGUUCCAGAACAGGAGGACUAAGUGGAGGCGGCAGACAGCGGAGGAGCGCGAGGCCGAGCGGCAGCACGCGAACCGCAUCCUGCUGCAGCUCCAGCACGAGGCCUUCCAGAAGACGCUGAACCAGCCGCUGGUGCCGGACCCGCUGUGCCGGAGCAACACGUCCCUGUUCGCGCUGCAGAACCUGCAGCCGUGGGCCGAGAACGUGGGCAAGAUGAGCGGCGCGUCCACGUGCGAGUAG